CCUCCCUCAGCAUAAUGCUGCUUUCGGGUCGCUGCCAGGUCUUGUGACUUUACGGUCUUCAUUCAACAUGAGCACUACGCUGAAGUUCACCGUGCUGUUGCUGGCCCUCGGCUUUUGCCAGGGGCUGCAGCACAACUAUGACAACUACAUCGAGGAAGAAGAAGGAGUCGAGCCCGUUUCCCAGGCUUCAAAAUAUGGCUCUCUGUGGCCUCUUCCGCAGAAAGUGCAGACCUCAGAGGUUUCAUUGAAGUUGUCCGGCUUCAGCUUCAAAAUUGUUGACGCCAAAGGGUCAUCCGCUGGCCCGAGCUGCAGCCUCCUGCAGAACGCGUACAGGAGGUAUUACGAGUACGUGUUUGGAGGUGCCAAAAAACAGAAGCAGGGCAAAACCUGGCGAACAGGCCCCUCUGAGCUCACGGAGCUGCAGGUGUGGAUCACAUCACCUGACUCUGAAUGUGACGGUUUCCCCAGUGUGACAUCUGAUGAGUCAUAUGAACUGUCAGUGAAACAGCCGGUUGCUGUCCUCAAAGCACCAAAGGUCUGGGGAGCCCUGCAUGGUUUGGAAACGUUCAGCCAGUUGGUGUAUGAAGAUGAAUAUGGAGCUAAAAGCAUCAAUUCCACAGCAAUCAGUGACUUCCCCAGAUUUGCACAUAGAGGCAUCUUACUGGACACCUCUCGGCACUUCCUGCCCAUUAAAGUCAUCUUGGCUAAUCUGGAAACAAUGGCGAUGAACAAAUUCAAUGUCUUCCACUGGCACAUCGUCGACGAUCAAUCCUUCCCAUACCUGAGCCGAACGUUCCCACAGCUGAGCCAGCAGGGAUCUUACCACCCGUACACACAUGUGUACACACCCGCUGAUGUGAAGAUGGUGAUUGAGUUUGCACGCCUGAGAGGCAUUCGCGUCAUCCCAGAGUUCGACACUCCGGGACACACACAGUCCUGGGGCAAAGGCCAACCCGAUCUGCUCACACCCUGCUACUCUGGCGCCGAACCCUCCGGCUCCUUCGGACCAGUAAACCCCAUCCUGAACACCACGUAUGACUUCAUGAAGCAGUUCUUCAUGGAGGUCAGCUCUGUGUUCCCUGAUGCCUACGUUCACCUGGGAGGCGAUGAGGUGGACUUCACCUGCUGGAAGUCCAACCCGGACAUUAAGAAGUUCAUGGAUCAGCAAGGCUUCGGACAGGACUACAGCAAACUGGAAUCAUUCUACAUCCAAAAACUCUUGGAUAUCGUCACCACCACCAAGAAGGGCUACAUGAUCUGGCAGGAAGUCUUUGACAAUGGUGUUAAGCUGAAACCAGACACAAUUAUCCACGUUUGGAAAGGAACCCAGCAGCAAUACCAGAAUGAGAUGGCAAAUGUUACAUCAUCAGGGUACCAGACCCUGCUGUCCACUCCCUGGUACCUGAACCGUAUCUCCUACGGCCAGGACUGGCGGGGCCAUUACAAGGCUGACCCGCAGGAUUUCAAGGGAACUGAAGCGCAGAAGAAACUUGUGAUUGGUGGAGAAGCCUGUUUGUGGGGAGAAUAUGUCGACGGCACCAACCUGACACCCAGACUCUGGCCUCGUGCCAGUGCUGUGGCGGAGCGGCUGUGGAGCGCCAAAGAAGUGACGGACAUCAACGACGCCUUCAACAGACUGUCCAUGCACCGCUGUCGUAUGGUGGAGCGCGGGAUCCCAGCUGAGCCGCUGUUUUCCAGCUACUGUCCCCGUGAGUACAAAGGUGUCUGAGAACAACUGAAAGACCGGCCGUGUGGACGGAAAAGGGAAAAGGAAUCAAGUCCAUAUACGAUAAACUCCAUGAUUGCAUUUUAAACUGAGAAAUCAAAUGCUAAACUGCUCUUCUAGAGAUACACUGGCAAUGUAUUGCUACACCGAGACACGCACAGAACUCUUGAUCACAUCUGAUGCUGUUAAACAUCCUGAAUCAUGAAUGCAGUCACUGCUUUUUUUUUUUUUUUUUAUGA